AUGUCGUCACAAGUAGUGACGAACGUGGAAGAAUCCACGAACAACCACAAGGCGAUCAGCAAUCCCAAUGUGGUCAAGAGAAUACAUCGAGAGGUGAGAUUUGGCCUGUACAUUUUGGGGUCGACAUUAGGGGAAGGUGAAUUCGGGAAGGUGAAGCUCGGUUGGCGUAAAGAUGGAAAACACCCAAGUCAGGUAGCUAUCAAGUUGAUUAAACGAGACACCAUUAUGAAGGACUCAGAAAGUGAGAUUAAGAUUCAUCGUGAAAUUAACUCGUUGAAGAUGUUAAAUCACCCCAAUAUUGUAAAUCUCGUUGAGGUCAUGAAGAGUGGGAAAUAUAUCGGAAUAGUAUUAGAAUAUGCGUCGGGUGGUGAGCUAUUCGAUUACAUAUUACAACACAAAUACUUGAAAGAAAAUGUCGCUAAAAAGCUUUUUGCUCAGUUGGUUAGUGGUGUUGAUUACAUGCAUUCGAAAGGCUUGAUUCACCGUGACUUAAAGUUGGAAAAUUUGCUUUUAGAUAAACACAAAAACGUCAUUAUUUCGGACUUUGGAUUUGUCAACUCGUACAAUAAGGACAAGAAUGACUUGAUGAAAACUUCGUGUGGGUCUCCAUGCUAUGCUGCCCCUGAAUUGGUUUUGACACAAGCUCCGUACGAAGGAAGAAAGGUUGAUACUUGGUCCUUAGGGGUUAUUUUAUAUGCCAUGUUAGCAGGAUACUUACCAUUUGAUGAUGAUCCCGAAAAUGAAGAUGGUUCGGACAUUGUCAGGUUGUACCACUACAUCUGCAAGACUCCUUUGACGUUCCCAGAAUAUAUUUCACCUUUGGCAAGAGAUUUGCUAAGAAAGAUCAUUGUUCCCGAUCCAAAGAAAAGAAUCACCAUCAAGAAUAUCAAAAACCAUCCGUGGUUAACCCCAUAUGUUAACUUGUUAUCUGUUACCCAACCGGAAUGGGACAAAGUACAUAAGGAUAACAGAACUGUCACCUCAAAGUCAGCUACUACUGCUAAUAAUAGUUAUACCAACCUUAUCAACUCCAAUACUAAUAAGAGAUUUUCUAUGAUCAAUGAAAAGACUAACAGCUCUUCAUUGAUGAUGCCUGCGGGCAGAUCAUAUUCAUCUACAAAUGUUGUAAAUCAACUAUACUCGAAUCCUUCUGCUCCAACCACCUCAUCUUCAUUAGCUAAUGCAGUUGCAUUAUCAAAGCCAAAGGAUCAUACUUCCGACAGAUCAAGAACUCCAUCUCCAACAAAACAAUUACCUAACGGCAAUAAUUACAGUUCUAGCAAUUAUCAACGUGGCCACGCUAAGUCUACUUCUAUAUCCAAUCCAUAUUCUUCUGCAAGUCAUGCAUUAAAAGCGAUGGUAAGUGAAAACGAUAGCAAAAGAAAUUCUAUGGUCUCAUUGGAUUCAACAACCUCAUCUAUGGUUUCAUUAUCUUCCUCAUCUAAACCACACAACCAAUUAACAAAUCCUCAUUUACCAAGAUCAACAACUUAUACCGGUUCAGCUAUCUCUACAAUUGUUGAAAGUCCAUCCAAGCCAAGCCCAGGUACGCCUCCAGUCAUUGAUAACGAGUUUAAUGUAUCACAUAAUAACACUGCAUCUAGUAGUAAUAUUACUAAUUUGAAACCUAAUAGUUCAUCAAGGGAAUCGGCAAAGUUACCUCAUGCUAAUAAGAAGCCAAGACCAACAUCAUAUCAUCCGUCAUCAAUGACUGCAUCAUUAAUGAGCAAUAAUGGUUCAUCCUUGCAAGAUUACAUUAAAAUCCCAACACCUCUUUUACCAAUACCUCAAUUAUUAUCUACUUCCCCCACCAAAGCAUCACCUAGUUCUGAAGCAUCGAGCCCAAUAUUCCCUGAAACUAAUAACUCGAGUCCUACCAUCAGGUCCAAUGCAUCAAUAAAUUCCAGAAGAAAUUCUGUUGUUACCCAUGUCCACGUUAAUGGCGUGUUGACAAGUGAAAGCAACGCAAAUAAUCAUGAAAAUAAAAGAAAUUCUGUUCUAAGUUAUUUGGAAGAUAAAAUGGAUGCAUUAGAACUAACAGAACUGCAUAGUCCUCUGAAAUCGAGUAGACCAGUUUUUACAGACAAUACAUCCGACACAAAUAUUACACCUCAAAUCAAUCAACAACCUAUAUUUGAUGGACACACAGAAUCACCAAUAAUUCAAACCAAUACCACCGAGGAGCCUCAAGUAAACGACCAGUCUGUAGCAGAUGGUCAAAUCAAGACCGAGGGACCGAAAGAGGAACGUACAAUUGAAAUUGUUGAUAACCAAAUUGAUGAGAAUAAGGAUGCAGAUACACCCUUAGAAAAUGAGACUAUUUCUGAAGCUCAUAUUGAGAAGGCAAAUAUAUCAAGCUCACAAGAUCAUACUAGUAAGCAGGACAAUAUACCCAUAGAACUUAAUGAAACAUUACAGACACUUGAAGCACAGGCUGCACCUGCUGAAUCCGUACCUCAGACAGUAAACCAUGAACUUGUGGUUCCUUUAGAUGAGCAUUUAGAUGAUAAAGACCUUACCAACGUAACUGAUGAACAAGAUAAGGAAAAUCUUGACAGAAAAUAUACUAAUACUAAAAAGGAGACUUCAAAAGAUAUACAUAAAUCUUCCAUAAGAGAGGUUAAAGACAAUAAGAAGCGUAAUAGAUUCAGUUUGUUAUCGUUCUAUAGUAAUUAUAAUGGCUCGUCAUCUUCAAAUGUCGUUUUGCAGCAAGCUCCUGCAAGCAAUAGUUCUCAAAGCGGCAAGAGGAUAUUGGAGCCAUCAAUGGAACAAAACGUUCCACCCCAAAUCCAGGACCAAAAGCGGAACGUGUCUAAUUCAUCUGGUAAAUCAUCUAAUUCCAAAAAAUCGAAUAACAGUGGAACCGCUCAUGUUUCUAAUAAUAAUGGAAAAGAGGCUAGUGCUGCAAGGAAGGUCAUGGACUUUUUCAAGAGAAGAAGUGUCCGGAUCGGUUAA